ACACAAGCCCGGGGCUGUGGCCUCAUCAUGACCGAGCGGCGUGGGGGCCUGGGGGCCCGCCUGGGCCGCCUCCUGGCAGGACUAGGGGUCCGGAGGGAACGCAGGGGGAAGGAGACCUCAGAGGAGGCCAGACCCCGGGAUAGGCCCUGGGGUGGCCAGAGCUGCCCUGACCUGGCCCAGGGCCAGGGCAGCACCUGCGAUGUCAGACUAAAGGUCCACGCCCAGAGCCAUUCAGAAUGGGAUCUUCGGGUUGGGAGCCACAGGAAGCAACAGCAGCCCUUGGGGCGCCUUGCUGAGCCCUUGGGGCGCCUGCAGAGGCCAGCUGUGGGCAGCGCCUCAGACCUGGCCAACUACAAUUCCAUGGCACCCGUGGACCUGGCCCUGGCUGUGGCCUCUGCAAAACCUGAUGGUGCCCAGCACCCCUCACUUCCGCGGCCUGAUCCUCCAUAUAUGGCACAGGGAACCCCAGACCGUGUCUGCCAGCACCCCCCACGCCUAGCCCAGGACGUCACAGUCACUGGGAGGUUGGAGCCGCCCAGCAAUCUGGAAAAUGCAACCCCAACGCCCCACCCAGCAUCUGUCCCUGAGGUGGAAGGGGCAAAGGGCGAGCAGGACACCCCAGGGCCUGUCCUGUCAGACUCAGCCCCACACUUACGUCCCUUGGCCAGGAGGACCCGCUACCACAUCACUGUCACCCUACAGGGGUGUGGGCAGACACCUGGGGAGGAGGGUGAGGAACCGGCCCAACCAGCUCCCCACCCCUGCGGCCCUGAGGAAUCCAGGGGCUGGCAGGAGCCUCCCCAGGGGCUCCGCCCCAUCACGGGGUGCCUGACCGACCUGCCCCAGGAACCCCAGCCGAGAGCCCCGCUGCUGCACCAGGGGAGCGUGGCCCAGUGUCAGGCCAGCUGGAAGCCUGGGUCCCCACGUGGACGGGUGCUGGACCACAGCGUGACGAGAACACCCCUGGACAGGUUGCUGGGGCUCGACAUGGAGGAGGCAGCUGGGCCUCCUGCCCGGGCUGAGGCCCGAGUGGUAAGUGCCACACUGAUGUGGCGACAGCGGCCUCCAGCCCAGGAAGAAAUUAGACACCGUUUUCACAAGGUGUCCCUGGUGUCAGGGGCCCGAGAGGAAGUGUUUGGGUACACUCACCUUCGAGAGGAAGUCAAUGGCUUUGCUACUCGGGAAGAAGAGACUGUGAAUCACCAGGGUGUUCAGGAUAAGGCUGGCUCCACAAACUUCCAGAGCCAUGGGCCCAUCUUUUCCAAGAAGUAUGUGCCACCUCCAAAGGAGAAAAGGCCGAUAGCAAGGCUGAUGGAGGCUGCAGACCAGACAGACAGCAUGCCCCAGGCUCCUAGGACUGAGCCACCAGGCAUGGGAGCCAUGGCCAGGACUCAGCUGCUGGUGCCUCUGCCUGGGCCCCGGGAGCCAAGCCCCCACCCAGGUGUGAGUCCCACUGGUGGGAACUCCUGGAACCGUGAGGAGUGUCGAAUGUUACGCACUGUGCGCACAACCACAGUAGUGGGGGGCCAUGUGGACCGCCAGAUGAGCAGCUCAGUGACCUCGGGACCAGCGCCAUCAGGUGAGACCUUGCCGAGGGGCCGCCAUGUGUCCCGCUCUAUCCGGGCGGUGGUGGUGAGACCCCAGGCUGAGGGCUCAUCUGGCCACAGCAAAGCCCGGGAGCUGCUGAGUAGCCUGGUGACUGCUGAGAACAAAUUUCCUGCCAGUCGCCUCCCUAGGCCCACGAAUGUUGUGCCGAGGAGCCAGGGACUGGGUGGCACAGGGGGGACAGCCCUGGGGCAGCUGCCUGAGAUGGGGACAGCCCAGCUAAAGGUACCUGCCAGCAGCACAGUGAGUCCUCAUGCACCCCAGAAACAUGAUGGUCCUACAGCCCACCCAGACCAAGACCAAGGCAGUGCCCUGGAUGCUGGGACCUGUGAGACCCUAAGGGUACAGGGAGCCUCUAUCCCUACUCCACUGCCUCCCCAGACUUCUGGGGACCAAGCACCAGUGCCCUCCUCUCCCAGACCCCAGACCCAUGCUUCCUCUCUGGCCUUGGCCCAGUACCCAGAGCAGCCUGUGGUUGCUUCUCAGCCCAGGGCCCAGCCCCAUCCACAGGGCCUGGAGAAGGAAGGGCUUGCAGAUCCCGCGGCUGUACCCAUCCCUCCCGUGGAGAGGGCCAAGGCUGUUACAGUGCCUGAACAACCUCUAGUUCCACCUUCUAUCAGGAAGAAGACUGUCCCCAGCCCAGCAAGUCUUUCUGCCACCUCCUCCCCAAGGAAUAAGCUUGUUCAGGACUCUGAGAAUGUGCCUGUCUCCUCCUUUACUGAGAAAGAGGCACUUCAGGGCCCUGAUGCUCCCAAGGCCUCAUCCCCUAAGCCCACCAAGGCUGUCCAGGGCCCAGAAGGAGGUCUUGGCUCCCAGAAAGAGGUUGUCCAGAGUGUUGAAAGCAGCCCUGCCCCCUCCCUUCCCAAGGAAGAGACUGUUCAAGGCCCGACUGCUCCUGUUCCCCUACUCUCCAAAGAGGACAAAGCCAUCCUAGGUGCCAAAGGGAGCCCUGUCUCAUCCCCUACUCAAAAAGAGGACAUCCAGAGCCCUGCUGUUUCUCCUGUCCCAUCCCCCUCUGUGAGUGGGGAGUCCUCUGCUGUAGAAGGCACCCCUCUUGCAAUGCCAGUGGAAACAGAAGCAGGCACGGAGGCCCAGCUUGUCCCUGACUCUACUGAGGGCAAGCCACUUCCACAGUCAGCAAGUGAGGAGGAUGAGAUGGCCCUGACUGCUGACCUGGAGAUUUUUCUCGAUACUCUACGGAGCAUGGAGCCUCCUGAAAUCCUCCGCACUCACCGGCUGCCCCGAGCCCCACGCUCCUCCUACUUGGCCAUGUACGCCACAUUGCCCGCCAUCGAGGAGGACCAGCCUGGACCAUGGGUCCUGGGACCCAGUCCCCAGGAGGUGCCCACCUUGGAUGAGGAGGAGCAAGAGGAGGAGGAGGAGGAGGAGGAACUAGAGAACCCCUACCUGAGUGAUGAUGAGAAACUCCAGCUCAAGCUGGAAAAAGCAGGACCCAGCCCCUCCUGGGGCUCCCAUUCUACCAGGCCCACCCAGGACUCUUGCUCACCCCUGGAAAUGAUGAAGAAACAUGUAGCGGAUGCCAGGAACCAUCACCCAGAACUUGGGCUGGAAGUGCAGACUGGCAACCGGCCCACUUCGAGGCUUGGUAGCAGCAUUCUCUUUAGCAGUCUGGUGUCUGCCACCAAGGAGGCCCCUACCCUGGAACCACUGGGUACAAAACUCUCUGCUCUGCCACCCCAUGAGGCACCGGGGCUCAAGAAGGUGCCUGGACAGUUGCCCCUGCUGUGCAGUGGAAGGCCGCCACCAGAGAUGCUGACACGUGCCCGGCCCCUGGAGGGGUGGAGCCCAUCCUUGAAGGCCCAGGGCAAGCUGAACACCCGGCCUGGGAAGGUGAUCUUCUUCUCGGACCCUGGCUGCCAGGGCAGCAGCAGGGAGAUCUGGAAAGACACUGCGGAUGCCUCAGGCUGGGACCUUGCGGCCUCCGUAAGGGUGGUGCGAGGAUGCUGGGCGCUGUACGAACAGCCAGAGUUCCAGGGCCGGAAGCUGGUCCUGCCUGAAGGAGAUGUGGAACUCAAAGCCCUCCGGCCGGCAUGGAGCACUGCUGGCAUUGGCUCCCUCAGGCAGAUUGUCCGGGACUACUGCAUCCCAGAGAUCAUCCUGUUCUCUGAGAAGGGCCUCAAGGGUGAGCAAGUGAAGCUAACCGAGGCCUUAAAGGACCCUGGUGGCCUGGAGAGACCCCUGAAAGUGGCAUCUGCCACUGUCUCUGCAGGACUGUGGAUGCUGUACCCCAAGCCAUUCUUUGAAGAUACCCCUUAUAUCCUGGAGCCUGGAGAGUACCCUACUUUGGAGCCCUGGGGUGCAUCAGACCCCACUGUGGGCUCCCUGAAGCCCAUGAAAUUGGGAUGUCCAAGCGUGGAGAAACCAGGGGAGCCCAAGGCUGUGGUGUAUGAGGCUCCAGGCUUUCAGGGCAAGAGCUGGGAAGUGAGCCGAGACAUCUAUAACCUUCAGCAGCCAGAGGACAGCCAGAGCCCCAACCUGGCCUCUGUGGGGUCCUUGCGGGUUCUAGGGGGCUGCUGGGUGGGCUAUGAGAAGGCAGGCUUCCGUGGCCACCAGUACCUCCUGGAGGAAGGCGAGUAUGCCAGCUGGUCACACUGGGGCGGCUAUGACGAAUUGCUGACCUCCCUGCGGAUCAUCCGGACGGACUUCGGGGACCCGGCAGUGGUGCUGUUUGAAGCCAUGGACUUCCAUGGGCCUGGCGUGGAGGUGAGCACGGCACUGCCGGAUGUGGAACUCGUGCAACAUGGGCCACACACACAGGCCAUCCACGUGCUCAGCGGUGUGUGGGUGGCCUAUGAACAGGUGGGCUUCUCAGGCGAACAGUACGUGCUGGAGAAGGGCGUGUACCGCAAUUGCGAUGACUGGGGCGCGGGCAACAGCGCCCUCGCCUCCCUGCAGCCGGUACUGCAGGUCGGGGAGCAUGAUCUGCACUUCGUCUCGAAGAUCCAGCUUUUCUCCGGCCCCGACUUCCUGGGCGACCACAUCUGCUUCGAGGAUGACCAAGCCUCUCUGCCCUCCUCCUUCCAGCCCCAGUCCUGCCGGGUCCUCGGAGGAAGCUGGAUCCUGUUUGAUGAGCAGAAUUUUGAGGGGGACCAGUACAUCCUCUCUGAGGGCGAAUUUCCUACUCUUAUGGCCAUGGGCUGCCUAGCCUCCACAGUCCUGGGCUCUCUCCGGAAAGUGCCCCUGCACUUUUCAGAGCCUGCCAUCUUCCUGUAUGGACUGGAGUGCUUUGAGGGGAAGGAGAUCGAGCUCAACGGAGAGGUGCGGAGCCUACAAGCCCAGGGCUUCAACAACCAUGUGCUGUCUGUGCGGAUCAAGGGCGGCGUCUGGGUACUGUGUGAGCACAGCGACUUUCGGGGCCACCAGUGGCUGGUGAGCGCUUGCGAGAUCACCAACUGGCUGACCUACAGUGGCACCCAGAGGGUGGGCUCCCUCUACCCCAUCAAGCAGCGCCGAGCUUAUUUCCGCCUUUGGAAUGCAGCCCUGGGAGGAUUCCUAGCAGUGCCAGACCACGUGGAGGACAUGAAGGCGGGCCGUGUGGUGGUCUCCGAGCCCCGUGCUGGCGGAAGCUACAUCUGGUACUAUGAGGAUGGGCUGCUAAAGAACCAAGUGGCGCCCACCAUGAGCCUGCAGGUGAUCGGACCUCCCAGCCCAGGCUCCAAGGUGGUGCUCUGGUCCGAGAGCCGCCUACCACGCCAGACAUGGAGCAUCGAUGAGUCGGGCCACAUCUGCAGUGAGAUGUUCGAAGGCCAGAUCCUGGAUGUGAAGGGUGGCCGAGGCUAUGACCGGGACCAUGUGGUGCUGUGGGAGCUGGAUAAGGACAGGGCAUCCCAGAUCUGGACCGUCCAUGUGCUUUGAACCUCACUCCUUCCCCAGCCCUGGCGGCUCUUGCUGGGAUGCAAUGUUUUUUAUAGGUUUUUGUUGUGACAUAAGCUAUUUUCUGAUGUGCUGCUGGGUAUCUUCAUCUCUGUGCACCUUGACAUAUGGAGUUUGGGAGAAGGUUUGCCCACUGGUCUACCCACACACUCGGGCUGGCUUCUUCCCUGUUUGUUUUUAUAUGAGAGUUGGAUGUAUACUUCCCCUGGGCCACCAGGGGGAGCUCAACAACCGGAUUAACUGGCGUGAGUCACCCACAGGCUGCGCUCUGCUACAAGGGGUUUCAGGCUGUGAAGGAACACAGACCAAUACCAGGGGUUGUGGUCCCCACGCACAGGGAACACACAGUUCAGUGGAAGAUCCUGAUAGCUAGGGUGACAAUCAGUUAGAGGAAGAACACAGUGUAGGGCUGCUCAGAGCAGGACCUUGCUGCCUGGGACCUUCUGCUGACACAGGAUGGGAAAGAGUAGACCAGGCUAUAAAGUAGCACUGGAAAAUGAACCCCAGCCUCGUGGUUCACCCACAGAAUCCCAACACUUGGAAGGCUGAGGCAUGAAGAUUGCUAAGAGUUCAAGGCCCGCUUGGGCUACAUAGCA